AUGGCCUCGGCGGGGCUCCAGCUCUUCGCUUUCGGCGUGGCCUUGUCCGGGGCCUCGGGGCUGCUCACGGCCACGCUGCUGCCCAGCUGGAAGGUGCGAACGGACGAGGGCGCCAGCAUCAUCACGGCCAUCAAGCAGCUGCAGGGCCUGUGGAUGGACUGCACGUGGUACAGCACCGGCAUGUUCAGCUGCACGCUCAAGUACUCGCUUCUGGCCCUGCCCGCCCCCGUGCAGGCGGCCCGGGCCACCAUGGUUCUGGCGUGCAUCCUGUCAGCCUUGGGGAUCUGCACCUCCACAGUGGGCAUGACGUGCACUCGCUUAGGGGGCGACAGAAAAACCAAGAGUCACGCGUCUGCCGUGGGCGGCAUCUGCCUCCUGUCCGCGGGGAUCUCUGGGCUGAUACCCACGGUGUGGUUCACCAAGGAGAGCAUCGCUGACUUCAUGGACCAGACGGUGCCUGAGCGCGACAAACACGAGCCGGGAGGCGCGGUCUACGUGGGCUUCCUCUCGGCGGUGCUGCUCUUCAUCGCUGGCGUGAUCUUCUGCACGUCCUGUGUCCGGAAGGGUCCGGAAGCUCGGCCCUGCCCACCCGAGCAGAACCGUCUCUCCGGCCCACAGCUGGCGGACACUCGCACACCCCCCCUUAAGGAUUACGUGUAG